AGCUAAGAGUCCGAGCAAGAACUGGAGUCCGAGCAAGAACUGGAAAGCAAGCUGCAAUCAGGACAUUUGCGAUAGGAAGAAAGGAAGUACUGCUAUACGAUGAGAUUGACACUGACGCUUGUUUUAUUGGCUACCUUGCUGAGUUUGAGCAAUGCGCGAGCUCGACACAGUUCAAAUGUUAAAUUAAAUUCCACCGUUGGACCAAACGAUCAACCAGAUUACACGCAAUCUCACAAAUCCCCGGAUAACGAGUGGCAUAUCAAGCGGGUGCAGAUCCGCAAUCGAAUUGGAUUGGACGGCAAAGUGCGAAAGAUCCAUUUGGAUUCCGAUGAGGAGGAUAAACCGGGCAUUCGCGCUUACGGUCUACCAAAAAAACAUCUUCAAGAUAACGGUGUUAUCGAGAGGUUGUAUCUCGGAGAAGAUCACGUCGAUGAUACCUCGAAAAGUGGUCGAUUGGUGGAAGCUUACGGACUACCAAAAAACAACAUGGAGAACAAUGGCUUCAUAGAAAGACUGCCAUUGUCAAGCACACGUCAUCAACCGACUAACAAUAAGUUAGGAUCAGAAAAUGAAAGUGUUAGAAUAAGCAGGUCUGUUCGUACGGGUUCCGAGAACAAGGUCGAAGAGAAGGUUGCUAGCGAAGCGGAAGAUAUGGAGGCAGAAGAUUCGAAGGUUUUCAGACCGCUCUUCGUUUAUAGACAGCAAGUAGCUGCCAGGGAAAGACGGAAGCAUGCGAGGAAUGUAGCACAUAGGAAUCAUCGACAUGCGACACAUCAACAACCUUGCUAUCAUCAACGAGUGACCUAUUGAUUUUACCGAGAAAAAAGUGAACAUUGAAUAUUCUUCAUUUUGCCGAAGUUAAGCUAAUUAGAUUCAGCUUAAUAGCUUUAGACAGCAAAUUCUCAUGUCUCAAACAAUAUGUAAAGAACGUCGUAAAAUGUUUAAAAAAUUUUAUUUUUUUUAAUUUUCUUAAACCGUUUUAAAUUUUUUCGAUGUUUAGACUUUUUAUAUAAAGUAAAAUUUUAUUUGGAUAAAAAUUUAUAUUUUACUAAAUCUAUGAAUUGUUUAAAAAAAUCUAGAGCCCUAAUUUCAUGUAUUUAAAUUUUUAUAUCAUCAACUAUGCUUAAAUAAUUGCAUUUAACUAUAAAUGUAGUAAUAUAACGCUUGUUGCAUAUCACUAGAACAAUAAGAUUGCAUAAGAAUUAGAUGCGAUAAAUAAUAUUUCACAUUUAUAUAUUAGAUCAUGAUCAUGUUUCCAUGACUUUGUGCACGAAAGCCAAAAAGUAUUAUACAAAUUAGUAUUUUAAUUAUCGAUAAUAAUAUUCUGAUCUAUCUUAAUUAAUUAUUGCGUUGUUUAUUUUAAACUUCGUUUGUAGAUUUAUGUAUUGAAUGUCAUUGCAUUUAGAAUACUAUUUAAGAAAUAAAUUUGCAAUAUUA